AUGCAUUCUUCAAAGUGCACUCAUGUACGUAUACGAGAUAAUAAUGAUUACAAUACAGAUGUAGAAGAGUUAAUAAAAGAAAUAGAAAGAGAGUUUCAUAUUGAUUUUAGAUCUUUACAGCAAUGGCAAAACUUAGUGAAACGAUUACACGUUGCCAAAACAGAUCGUUUGCGCAAAAUUCAAUGUGCAAAUCUUCGGAAGUUGAAUAUUAUAGAAAAGUUAUACAUAGAGUCUACAAGACCAUCCCCAUUCCAGUUAAAUGACGUUCUAGCUAGAACAGCUAGUAAAUGGCGUGAUCUGGCCAAACCUAAGAUAAUUUCAGUGCCACCAUUGACACUUAAUAAUGCAGUAGUCGAAGAACAAGGAGAAGAAGAGCAUAUUGAAGAAAACAUACUAAAUAAUGAUGAGCAUGCAACCCUUCAUCCCAAUACAGAAAAUUCUUCGGUUGAUCGUCCAAUGAUUGAGCCCAUAAAAAUAGAUGCAGAAGUACAGCAUAACUUAGAUUCUGCAAAGCAGACGACUAUAAGUUUACCGGUCUGCAUUUAUACGAACACUCAUAAAUUAAUUUCACCUCCUGAUUCUAAUAUUAGUCCACUUAGUUUUCACUCAAUAACGCAUCAUAUGGAACAUAUAGGAGAGACUGGGGUAAAAGAAUGGGAACCAAGCACAACUACAGUCAUAUGUAACCCGGCUACAAUAAAUAUUAUAAACAGGACAUUAAAAGAACAAUCUCUAUUAUUUUCGCUUACUAAUUGCACUUCAGAGUACUUGCAUGUUAGAUUUAAAUAUGUCACGAAUCGCUCCUUCUUUAAAAAAAUAAAAAUUUUGCCAAAAAUUCCGAAACGCUUGUACCCUGGAAUUGCUGUUGUAUUCAAACUCACAUUUAAGCUUCAGACUAUAGAACAGUUUGAAACAGGUUUAUAUUUUAGAAUUAGCCGUGAUGUUUAUUAUAAUGCACCUACAGAACCACUUUUAGUCCCUAUCCUCUCUAAAUUUGGAUCUGAUCUGAAGGUAACAAUAUCGGAAACCGUGAAUAUACCGCCCGUUUACCCAUGGCAUGUUAAAAGGGGGCCUGAAUCUGAGUAUCCAAGUGGGGUCCUAAAAAUAUGCAUAGAUGGACCAUCGUCGUACCACCUGCAUAUCCACAAACUGAGUUUUGAUUUGUCUGAAGAAUCUAUGAUAUCAAUGAUACCAAAUGUAUUUAAUACAGAGAUCUUUAAGGAAUGCGAUAGUUUUCUUCAAAAUACACUUAAUAGUAAGCAAUCAGUAAAUAUGGAAGGAUUACCGGAUGCACAAGCAGAGCCGGACUUUUCAGUUAUUACGGAAAUAGUGCCAGAAAAUAGUACCGAGAUGAUAUUUUCCAUUGUUGACGACAUUCUGCAGCUUGCCUUGGAAGUUUUCAUAUUCGAUAGAACCUAUGUGUUUCUGCAUCCUCAUUCAAAAAUUUCUAUUCCUGUUUACUUUAGUAAAGUUGAACAUACUGGUUACCACCACAAUUACUAUGAUUUAGACUUAAUUGAUCCGGAAACAAAUAUUGUAGUAAAGAAGAAAACAAUUAAAGUUCUGGCAGAAGUUCUGCCUCAUCCGAUCAAAAUUACACCUAUAUUGUUAGAUAUGUCCAAGUCACCAGUUUCAUACGGCUAUUUUCAGGAUCAGUUUAUAGUCACUAAUGUGCAUAAGCUAUAUCCAGCAACUAUAUAUAUUAAAGUGACCACAAAAAUGAAGAAAAUAUUCUAUAUAGAGCCCAUGAAAAGUGUUGUUCCCGCACAAUCCAGCAUGACAUUUGAAGUGAAAUUUUGUUCACGAGAUUACUUUUCACCAAAACCGUCAGAAGAUUUAGCACAUUUUACAUUCAAAAUCAUUGUCGAUGGUAAUAAACUGGUAUAUGAAAAUGUUCCACCUAUUUUUUAUGAACUAAUUGCACCAUGUGCAAUGGAAUUCAAAAAAAUCUACAAUGAAAAUUAUUUUAAAGAAACUGACCCGCUUAAGCCGGUUUCAGAACAUGAUGUAAAACCACAUUAG